AUGGCAGUAAAGCUCCACCACUUUUUUUCACCCAUUAAAGAUUACAAAUUCAAGGACUUUCCUUCAUUUUCUUUAAUCACCGUUCAUUCUGAAGCAAAACCAAGCAACUACACUGAGGUUCCUUCUACUUGUUCUUGUCUCUCAUCCAAGUUCUUAAAGUACCCUUUUCAGCUGCAGGGUGGUGGUUUUGGAAGUAGUAUUAGUCGAGUAAGAGCUUCUCGACCAGAUGAAACAGUCUUGUCUGAUGAUGGAAAGAAAAAGCGACGAGAAGAAUAUAGCGACGGUGAUGAUGACGAUGAUUACUCGUCGAGAAAAGGUAAGGUGAAUGACCCCUAUCUGAUGGGUGCUGAAGAGAGACGGGAGUGGAGAAUGAAGAUUAGAGAAGUGAUGAAAAAGCAUCCUGAUGCGGAUGAGGAUGAGCUUGAUUCUGAAGAAAAGAGGAUAAAGAUGGAAAAGCUUCUGGCUGAUUACCCCCUUAUUGUGGACGAGGAUGACCCUGACUGGCCUGAAGAUGCUGAUGGACGGGGGUUUAGUUUGGAUCAAUUCUUCAACAAGAUUACUAUCAAGAAUAAGAAGAAGGACGACGAUGAUGAGAAUUAUGAUAGUGAUAAAGAAAUUGUGUGGCAAGAUGAUGAUUACAUCCGUCCAAUCAAAGACUUAAUUACUGCAGAAUGGGAGGAGGCUGUGUUCAAAGAUAUCAGUCCCUUGAUUCUCUUAGUACAUAAUCGCUAUAAGAGACCAAAGGAAAAUGAAAAAAUUCGAAACGAACUGGAGAAGGCUGUGCACAUCAUUUGGAACUGCAGACUACCUUCACCAAGAUGUGUUGCAAUUGAUGCUGUUGUUGAGACUGAUUUGGUCUCUGCUCUAAAAGUUUCUGUCUUCCCAGAAAUUAUUUUUACUAAAGCAGGAAAGAUCUUAUACCGUGAGAAAGCUGUUCGAACUGCAGAUGAAUUUUCAAAAAUAAUGGCAUACUUCUAUUAUGGAGCUGGCAAGCCACCGUGUUUGAAUGACAUUGGAGAUAGCCAGGAAUUGAUCCCAUCUGUUCAUGUAAGCAGUCAAUAA